AUGAAAUCUGAAUGUUUACACAAUUCAAAUCGAGAUUCUAUGAUAAAAAGUCUUCUACAUAAAAAAAGAAGACAAACAUUUACCUCGUGUAUUACAAAUUCUGAAACAAAGGAAGAAUUCUUAUACAGAUAAACGAUUUACGAGAAACUAUAUAAAUCCUACUAGUAUAACGAAUCAAUCCCAAAAGAUUUCAAGAAAUAAAAUCCUUCUAGUGAUGGAAAUGGAAUUAAAUGCUAGAUUCUUCAAAAAAGAGAAAGUUAUGCAAACUAUUUCAUAUUUAAAGAUGAUCAAUUAGAACAAUAAUAAAGAUCAAUUGAAACAAUAGCUGAGUUUCUAAGGAACUAGAAGAAACUUACUAUGGAUAAAUAAGUUCCAAUUGAAUGCAAAUAGAAAUAAUAUAAUUUACUAAUGAUCUUGGUGAUUGUCCUACCUAUUUUAUGCAUCUUAACAGUUUUAGCAGAGCUUUGA